AAGUAAGUUUUCACAAACACUGAAUGGAAUUCCUUCUUCAAACACAGUCAGCAGCGGAAUGGACCCCUUCCAUGCUUGCAGUAUUCUUCAACAGCUUAAAACCAUGUAUGAUGAAGGACAGCUGACAGAUAUCGUAGUGGAAGUGGAUCAUGGGAAAACAUUCUCCUGUCAUAGGAAUGUUCUUGCUGCAAUCAGUCCUUAUUUCAGAUCUAUGUUCACUAGCGGCCUUACGGAGAGUACCCAGAAAGAAGUUCGUAUAGUUGGUGUUGAAGCAGAGUCAAUGCAUUUAGUAUUGAACUAUGCAUAUACCUCCAGAGUAAUGCUGACAGAGGCCAACGUUCAAGCUUUGUUCACUGCAGCUAGUAUCUUCCAGAUCCCUUCCAUACAAGAUCAGUGUGCUAAAUAUAUGAUCAGUCAUUUGGACCCACAGAACUCCAUUGGGGUGUUUAUCUUUGCUGAUCACUAUGGUCAUCAGGAGCUCAAAGAAAGAUCACAAGACUACAUUCGUAAAAAGUUUCUGAGUGUCACCAAAGAGCAAGAGUUUCUUCAGUUGAGAAAAGACCAACUCAUAAGUAUACUCAACAGUGAUGAUUUAAAUGUAGACAAAGAAGAACAUGUUUAUGACAGCAUUAUAAGGUGGUUUGAGCACGAACAAAAUAAGAGAGAAGUGCACCUUCCGGAAAUAUUUGCCAAAUGCAUCCGUAUGCCUCUGUUGGAGGAGACAUUUUUAGAGAAAAUCCCUCCUAUGUUUGCACAGGCUAUGGCCAAAAGCUGUGUACAAAAGGGACAACGUAGUGCCAAUGGCUAUACGCAACGGCUUGGAAUGACUGCUUCUGAGAUGAUCAUAUGCUUUGAUGCUGCCCACAAACACUCAGGAAAGAAGCAAACAGUGCCUUGUUUAGAUUCGGUCACAGGGAGAGUGUUUAAACUAUGCAAGCCACCGAAUGACUUGAGGGAGGUCGGAAUUCUUGUGUCUCCUGAUAAUGAUAUUUACAUUGCAGGUGGUUACAGGCCAAGCAGCAGUGAGGUCUCUAUUGACCACAGAGCAGAGAGUGAUUUUUGGAUGUAUGAUCACUCUAGCAAUAGGUGGAUUCCAAAAGCUCCUUUGCUGCGAGCCAGAAUAGGCUGCAAAUUGGUUCAUUGCUGUGGUAAACUGUAUGCAAUAGGUGGUCGUGUUUAUGAAGGAGAUGGGCGAAACUCGCUGAAGUCUGUGGAAUGUUAUGACAGCCGAGAGAACUGUUGGACAGCUGUGUGUCCAAUGCCAGUAGCAAUGGAGUUUCACAGUGCUGUGGAGUAUAAGGAUAACAUCUAUGUUUUACAGGGGGAAUUUUUUCUCUGCUAUGAUCCUCAGAAAGAUUACUGGGGGUUUUUGACUCCAAUGACUGUGCCUAGGAUCCAAGGCUUGGCAACUGUGUACAAUGACUCCAUCUACUACAUAGCUGGAACCUGUGGAAACCAUCAACGUAUGUUUACCAUAGAGGCCUAUGACAUUGAACAAAAUAAAUGGACUCGAAAAAAAGACUUCCCAUGUGAUCAAUCCAUUAAUCCCUAUAUAAAACUUGUACUCCUCAAAAAUAAACUCCAUCUGUUUGUCAGAGCUACUCAAGUCACUGUUGAAGAACAUGUUUUCAGAACCAGCAGGAAGAAUUCGCUCUAUCAGUAUGAUGAGGUUACUGACCAAUGGCAAAAAGUAUAUGAGACUCCAGAUAGGCUCUGGGAUUUAGGCCGGCAUUUUGAAUGUGUUGUUGCUAAAUUGUAUCCACAGUGUCUUCAGAAAGUUAUUUAACCUUUUUUCAGUAACAGGCCUUAGUGAUUUCAGUGGUAAUCUGAUGCUAGAGAAAACAUGUCUUAAAAGAAAACCAAGAAAUUCUGUCAGUAUUUAUUGUAAGCUGAAACAGACAGUUUUUUUGUAUAUGGGGAUGGGUGCUCUUUAAAGGUUGCAGUCUGGGGAGGGAAUUACUGAUUCAGUUUCAUAUUUACUGAUAUUUUCCUGGGAAAUGAGAAGGAGGUUACAAAGUGCAAUUAUCAGCAUUUUUUUUCUGGUAAACACUUAAUCAUGUCAUACUAGAGGGGUGUUUUUGUGGUAAGAGCAAAUUAAGUGGAGGAACCAGGAUAACUAUGCACUACAGGGAAAGAAAAUCUAGCACUAAUAGCUAAGGAUGUCCAAGCUGUUUUGAAGUGACUUUUUUUCUCUUUCUCUCUUUCUCUCUUUCUUUUUUUUUUUUAAAUACGGGUAAAAUUUGAGGCAAUAUCACUAAGUCUUUUAUUUUAGAUUGUUUGAAAGUACAUAGAGGAAUAGUAGAUCCUGAUUCUUAAUAAUCUUUUUUGUACUGUUUUUGAAGUCUGCUAAGAUGAUCAUAACAUUAUUUGUGCACUACAGUUUGGGAGAAAUACUCAAGUCAGAAUUGGAAUAUGGAGUAUCUUUGCCCAGAAGAAGGCCUGUGUAGAUUACUGUACCACUUCCUGUAUGGAUUUCUGUUGAAAUUGAGCUUACUGAUUUUUAAAAAGGAGAAAAAAGAAAUCCAACACCUAUUUUCUGCCACUUAGAUGUAGUACUUUAAAAGCAUUUUUUUUUCUUUACACUGCUUAAAACCUUUUUCAUCCCAUAAAGGGCUUUAACCCAAAAGUUGAUGGUGCUAGUACAUUUUUAAUACUUGUUUGUCUGAAAUGGGCUAGCCUUAUGCCUAUUACUUUUCAUGGAGUGUCUGUCUGUCUUCAGGCCCUGUCCUGUCAUCAUAUUGUCUUUUUUAACAUUUAUGCUGCAGUGGUAGAUUCUUGCACAGAAUGGUGACAGGAUAUGGCUUUAAUGAUACUGGCUUGUGGAGCGUUCAUUCUGCCUCCACUAGAAUACAGUGCUAUGUGCAGUGUUGGCAUGUGCUCCAGUAAUUCUGAAAAGCGUGGUUUAACUUUACUUGUCUAUUCUUUCUCCCUGCAAACAAGCCCUCAGAUACAUUUUAUUUCAUUCUGAUCUAUAAUGUGAAAAUUUGCACUACUGAGAUUUCUUCAUAAUCCAGUGUAUUAAAGCAAAAUUGACAUUAAGUGUCCGUAGCUUAAAUAAGCUUAGAUGCAAAUAUAGAAUAAGGAUCCCAUAUAUUGCAACACUUUUCUCUAUGUAUUAAACACUUAGCUUAUUUUUUAAGAAGUAAAUAAGUUCAAAAUUUAGCCUUUACUUCAGUAAUGAAAACUGGAUAGAGAGGGGAAAAGAUUAAUCCUAGAACUCUUUAUCCGCUAUAAUUUGCCAGGUUUAACUUGUUACAGAGAUAAUUUUUCCAGAAUGACAAGUAUAUUACCUUACUCUGCUGUAUUUUCUCAAAUUAACCAAAGUAAAACAGUUAACUUGAAAUGGCAGUGGCCAUCACUGCCUGUAAGUGCUUACCAUUAUCUGGCUUAAAAAUGAUAUUUCAGUAGGCCAAAUAUUUAGCUCAUCAGUGUUUAUCCCCCUGGCAUGGCUGAGAACUUGGAUAAUGUUCAUUUACUAUAUGGUCUUACUGUUCCCAAAUGGAGUCUUUCCGUUUUAAACAAUACUCAGCUGGUUCUAUUUCUUAAUUCUUGCACAAAAUGUUAAAAAGGCAAAAACAAAAAAAACUGUGAAAUGAAAAGGAAAAAAAAAAUGCCUCUUUGCAUUACAUACCUCAUCUUCCAGAGACUCACCAAACUGCUUCUUUUAAAUGCGAGUGCUUACAUUUUUUUUCAGAAGUAAAGUUGAAGUUGACAACAUUUGCUAAGACUGCAUUUUACAACAGCGUUGAGGUAUAUUGUUUCUUUGUUUAGUUUUCUUCUGGAUACUAUUUUUUAUAUAUAUCCAUAGCCAAGAAUAAGAGUGUGGGGUUUUGCUGUUUUUUAAGUACAACUAAUUCCUUUCUUUCUUUCUUUCUUUCUUUUUUUUCUUAAUUAUCCUUAGUCCUUGGCUAGCUCUCCUUGCGCUGUUGUAGGCCUCUAGCUGCAAGCUUUCUGAAGCACCCUCCCUAACAGUGUUGCAUUUGUGUGUAAACCAUUUUUUUUUUUUGCAAAGUGUUAUGUAACUUUUCUCUUGUUUUGUUUUUUGUUUUUGUUUCAAGCUUGGUUGAAUAUUUACAUGACUUCUUGCUGCUUUUUGACAAUCUUCUAUAUUUAUUUAGUAGAACAAAUUUCAAUAUAUUACUUGAAACUAUGAAAUAGAAUUGAAUUAGCAAUUGACUGGUCAUGUGAUGUAUAGAAGUACAAUAUGCUGUGGUUAAUUCUGCAGUAGGUUUGUUAAUUUUGUUUAUCUGCACUAAAGUACGAAGAUCUCCAUUCUGUUUAACCAUUCAAACUGAGGGUGUGAUCCAAGUCUGUAAUGUAAUUAAAAGCUAAAUCCUGGAACUUGCUGUGGGAGUAGAAUAUACUGAAUCAUUUGCAUGAAGAGUUUGUUGAGACAGUAAUGUAGCUGUGACAUUUUUGCCAAUCUUAAAUGCUUUUAUGUUGCUGAAAGUCAGAUUCCUGGUAAAGUUUUGCUUUAGAGUCAGACUUAAGUAAACUUGCACAGCACAAAAAGGAGGAGGAGGAAAAAAAAAACCUUGCACCAAAGGUACUGCUGAUAUUUAAACCGUGAUCUGUACAUUUUGCCCACUGAAUAUUUUUCCUGCAUUCAUUUAUUUCACUUUAUUAAAUGAAUUUUUAGCAUUGUAAGGAUUUACAUCUGUGUAAGUCUUUUUUCCCAAAAUUACUAGUUAAUUUAGAAGGAAAUGUUUUGUAAAUUCCACUUGAUUCAAUCAGUAAAACUUAGAAUAAUUAAAAGCAAUCUUGGUGCACCAAACAUGCAGUGUGUGUAUGUUCUACAAGAAAUCGAAGAGCUCCCUGUUCAUAAGGCUGUUUAGAAAUGGCAUCCAACAUUCAGUGCUCAGGUAUGUUAGUAAGAAGUACUGUAGUCCUAUGAGGGCAAAUGUGUGGAUUUUUAAACAUUUUGCCAUAAUUGCACAAUUUUGCAUUUUUACUUAAUGUCAUGUUAUGUUUCUUAAAAUAAACCUAUUGUUGAAAUACAA